UUUGUCCAAAACAAUUUUAUGCACUGAAAACUGACAUUUCUUAUAGAAGAAAAUUUUUCACGUCCCAUUUUUCCAAAAUCGGCCCCGAGAGCGACCUAGAUUAAACCUCUGAGAGUAGUAUGCAAAAGAAAUCAUGUCGAAAUAUUACUUCUUCGCAGAGUCGUUUGGGAUGGGAGAAUGCGUGUUUUCUCGUAACAUCCUAUUUACCGUCCUUGUCUCUCCUAAGCAAAACCCCAACAAAAGGAGAUUAAGUUUAAGGAAAAUGGAUAAUUAUGAUUUAAAUAAUGCAAACGAAGUGGAUAAUGAGCAUGUACAAUCAGAGUUGAAAGGAACAAAUUCCAUGGAGAAAUCAGAUCAAAUUACAGAGCAGGAUAUUUACAAAUCCUCAGAAUCUAAAAAUCAUUCAGAUGAUGAAAUUGAAACUAAUACGUCCGAUAAAUUGUUGGAAAGUAAAGAUAAACAAGAGAUUAUUAAAGAAAAUGGUAUUCACACAAAGCUUUCGACAAUAGUAGAUAGUGAUUCAGAAGAUGAAAACAUGUUUAUUUCUAAAUCAAAAAGUACGAAAGCUAUUUAUGACAGUUCAGAGGAUGAAAUGUUUAAUUCUAAUCAAAAUAAUAAAUGUAAAAUACGUUUAAAUAAGAAAAAGAAUACUGAUAUUAUUAAUGAUAAUGAUAAUGAAGAAGUAAUAUCACCCAAGAAAAAAAUUUCAAAUGAUAUACAAAAUAGGUUUCAAAGUUUAAUAGACUUGGACUCGGAAACAGAUGAAGAGAAAGAUAAUCAUAAGAAGGAUCCAAGUCCUAUAAGAAAUAAGAAAGUUAAGAAACAAGAUGAAAAAAAUUCUAAAUCUAAAAUGAAAAAGGUUUCAUUAAGAGCCUCUAAAAUGGAAGCCAUGAAACAAAUACAAAUUGAAACUCAACGUUUAAUAAGAGAAACAGAAGUUUCUUUACCUUAUCAUAGACCAAAGCAACGAUCAUUACAAGACUUUCUAAGCAGAAAAAAAAUAAUGACAGUACUUCCAAAAGCACCUACAAUGGCAGCUAAAUUAAAAAUGUCUUCUGCUAUUGUUGAUGAAGUUCUAAAAGAGAAAGAAAAGGAAGCAGAAAUAUUCUAUAAAUCUUCAGAUUCAGAAGAUGAAAUUGUAGAAAGUCAUUCAUCAGAUAAAGAAAAUUUAGAAUCUAAGCAAGAAUUUAAAAAUAACAAUAUAUCACGUAAAUUGUUUACUGGUAACAACUUACUUGUAAACAAUACUAGAGAACAAGAUACUGCUAAUGAAGUGCAAAAAACACAAGAACUACACGAAACUUCAAUUGAAACAAAAGAAAAUGAAGAUAACAAAGUAAUAGAGGACAAUGGAAUACAAAGUGUAAAUGAUUCAAUGAUAGUAGAGGUUCAUUGUGAUGCUAUUGACGCAGAAAAUAUAAAUGAAAUGUCGAAAUUAGAAAUGGUACAGUCAUUUGAAAAAUUUGAGAAUGAUGAAAUAAAUUCUGCUUUAUUAUCAAAAGAUGUUACUGAAAUCGUGGAAAAUGAAAGCAAAAAACAGAAUACAUGCAGUGACAAUGAAAAAACUAAUAUUGAAGCUUCAAUCGAAUCUUUAGAACCUACUGUACCAAAAAUUAAUAACGAUUAUGCCAAUCUUGUAAAGCAAUCUUUGGGAUUAAAUGUAAACGAAUUGGAUGAAUACAAUGAAUAUGGUUUACCACCGCCCAAGUUCAAUGAUUCACCAAAUAUUAAUGAAAAGAAAAGUUUAUUGAAUUUAAAAAAUUUAAAACCUAAAUUAAAAGGAACUCCAGGUACAAUGAUUGAUUUAUCAGAUGAUGUUAAGACAAAUAAAGAUGGAAUAAGUGCUUUGAUUGAACGAUUUAUGAAUAAGCAUUCUAAAAACAAGAAAUACAUCAAUGACACAUCUAAUGUUACAGCAACUCAUAUAAUAGAAUCUCCAAAUGGAGUAUCAGUUGUUAAAGAAACACUUCCAUAUAAAGUAUCAACUGUAGCGAAUGAAGAUCCUAAAUUAAAAAACCCUGGAGCUAAAUUGGUACGUUUAAAGGAGGAAUUGAAACAUAAAAUGGCACUUAAACGUGACGAGGAAUGGAAACAAAGAGAGCAAGAAAUGAAAGAACAAGAAAUAGAAUGGGAUGAGUCUAUAAUUGAAGAAGAACAUUUAAAUGAUCCAUGUUCGCCAAGUAUAGAAUCUGAUAGAUCUGAUGAAGAUGAAUUAGAAGAAAAUGAUGUAUGUAUAAAGAAAGAAAAGAAGAAAAAGAAAAGUGCUUAUAUAGACGAUGAAGCUGACGUUAGUACUGAUGAGAUAAGCGAUAGCGAUGAAGUAGAAGAUGAAGAAGAAAAUGAGGAUGAAAUAUUGGAACAGUCAGAAGAUGAAAAAGAUGAAGCUAAUAAUAUUUGUGACAGUAAUGAUGAAGGUUUAAAAUGUAAAACAUUUAAACGAAUCGUGGAAUCUUUAGAAGAUGAUUCCAGAUCUUCAAAUACCGAAAGUAUUGAAAAUACAACGAAUGAAAACAAAAAGGCUUCCUUUUCUCAAAUAAUAAAAACAGAUAUAUUUAACAUGGAUGCUAAUGACAAUGUACAGUCUUGUGAUGAUGAAAGUGACAUUCAGGUUUCUCAAGGUCACAUGGAAAAUGAUUUAAAAUGUCAAACGCCACAAAUUAAAACAAACUACUUUGACUUCGUUUCUCCCGUGACCCAAUUGACAGCAUUAAAUGAGCAUAUAGAAUCAGAAGAAGAAUCACCUGAAAUUAAAAAACAGUCGCCUAUUAGAAAAAUUGAUCUCAUAUUAAAUGGAUAUACACUAUCUCAGGAAUCAUCUCAACAAUUGUUUGAUAAGAAACAAGCAUUACCACAAAGAAAAUUGUUUGUUGAUCAAACGAAACUGUUAGAUGAAGAAUUAACUCAAAAUAAACUCAAUUUAUCAAAGGAACCUAGUGUAACCGAAUCACAAUUGUUAGAUUUAUGUUCAGGAACAUUUAGUUCUCAAGUAAAUGAUCUUAAACAAUCAACAAAUGAAUUUUUAGGCGAGAUAUCACAAAGUUGUCAAAUAUCUUCUGAAAAAGAGUCUCAACGCGCGAAAGAUAUAUAUACUGAAAAACAGCAAUUUAGCAAAGAUAUAGCAUCUUGGAAUAAGUUAAAGAUUGUAUCUUCUGAUGAAGAAGAUAUUGCAGAAGACGAAAUAAAUAAUCGAUCAAAGAAAAAAGUGAAAAAAUUAGAUUUGUCUGAUGAUGAAAGUGAAAGGAGUUGUGCAGAGUCCAGUGAUGAAGUAGAAAAAGAAGAUGCCGAUCAAGAUAAAUAUAUAGAUUAUGAUUCGGAGGAAAACGAAGUUGUUGUUUCGAAAAAAAACAUAAAGCAAUAUGCAACUAAAUUUUUGGAAGAAGAAGCUGAACUCAGCGAAAGUGAUUGUGACGUAUCUGCUGAUGAGGAUGAAGAAGAAUUGGACAAACUGGAAUUAGAAGAAGCAGAUGAUGAAGAAAUCGAUGAAUCAAAAGUAAAAGAUCAAUUAGAGCAACUGCAUGUGAAACAAAUACUGCAUGAAGAUCAGAAGGAAGUAAGAAUGCUCAAAGAAUUACUUUUUGAAGAUGGAGAUUUAUUCAGUGAAAGUACACGAGAACGAAAAUUUAAAUGGAGAAACAUAGAUAAGCAAGACAACAACGAUGAUUCUCCAAUAUUACAAGACAAAGACGGUUGGGUAGAUAUAUCGGAUGAUGAAGAAGAAGCCAAUUGGCGUAAAAUAAAACAUGAAAGAGAAAAAUUCUUAGCAGAAAAAGUGGGGACUAUAGAUGCAGAAAUUGAAGAAGAUUUAAAUAAAAGUGAAGUAUUUAAAUUUGGAAUGAAGAUUUUAAAGAAAAGAAAAAUUAAUGUAACUGAUACAGAAAAUACAUUAAUAGAUCAUGAUUACAAAAUGAAAUCGAGGAUACCCCAUACUGUGGCAGAAAUGUUGAACAAUACAAAAUUAGAAGGAGGUUCGCGCGUGAUACAUAGUGUUCUUCAGAAACGCUCGUUUCUUGCAAAAGGAGAACAAUCAUUGGCACGUUUGGCUGCAUUAGCUAGACAAAAGGAAACAACUUUACCAUCUUUAAACACGAAAAAUUUUGUCUUCACCCACAUAGAUCCAUCUGCAGAAGAAGAUAGUUUAACAGCAUCAAAAAUUCAACCAAAAUCUUCUAAAGCGAGAAAAAAUACAUAAAUUGUACAGUUAAUGCCAGUUUGUACAUAAAAUCACAAGCAAGAAGGACUGAUUUUAUUUAGCUAAACAGAUGCUCUUAGAUACAACAAAUUUUUUAUGGACGAUAUUAAUGGCACAUAUUUUCGAGAUAAAAACUUUAUUUAUUUUUUUAGAAAGUAAAAACUAUUUUUAUAAGAAAGAUAAUAUUAUUCCUAGAGACGACAUAUUGUUACAGAACAGUUGAAAAGUGUUUGUAUAAUAAAACAAUUAUUUUAAGUUUA